AUGACCACCAUCACCGUCCCCAACGACUACGGCUACGUCCUCGGCGUCCUCAUCCUGACUGGCAUCGUGAACCAAUACCAAGGCUUCCUCGUCGGCAGCGAGCGCAGGCGAGCAAACGUUGCGUACCCGGCAGCAUACGCCUCCAACAAGGAGGCGGAGACGGACAUUGCGAAGUACCGCUUCAACUGCGCGCAGCGCGCCCACCAGAACUACCUCGAGAACCUGCCGACCAUGAUCGUCACCGCGGCGAUCGGCGGGCUGACGUACCCCGUUGCGAGCGCGGCGCUGGGCGCCCUCUGGUUGGCGGGCAGAGUCGUCUAUGCUAAGGGAUACAUUGCUAGCACUAUCGAGCAGAAGGGCAGUGGGAGGUAUAAGGGCGUCUGGUACAUCCUGGGUCAGCUGGGACUCCUGGGAACCGCUGGAUCGACGAAGAUGAUGAGGAAGAAGAAGAAGAAGAAGAAGAAGAAGAAGAAGAAGAAGAAGAGGAGGAAUAAGACAAGCAGAUGA